AUGGCGGCGGUGGCUGCUGUAAUCAGGGCAGAAACAACGGGUUCUGUAGCCUCAAGCUUUGAGCAAACUCUUCCCAAAGCAAAAGAAAAACAAAAAGAAAAGGUUAAGGAAACCUCAGAUCCUCUCAAAGUCCUAGAUCCUGUAAGAAAAAAGCUCACAUCAGUCGAAGCUCAACGUGUGAUAGCAGUUGUUGAUGACUCGAUCAAGAGAUUGGAAUUAGUCUCCCUGUUGCCAUAUAUCAUCGAAAACUUAAACCGUUUUUCGGUCGUCCUUGGAUCCGAUCUGGUACAAGUUUUGGAAGAGCAUGAUCGCAUUCAGUCGUCUUACCAAACAGCAAUUUCUAAAUUCUCACUCGACCAAAGGCGCAGUCGAUCGGCUACUCCGACGGCAUCGCACGUUUCAUCGCGUCGCUCCAGUGAAGCUUCGCAAGCUAUAUCAGAGGACGAACAGGGAAUACCUAGCGUAUCAGGUACUUUGCCGGAGAGCAGGGCAAGUUCUGCUGGCAGCAGGAAAUCCUUCACCCAGAAACCAAGUCAACUGAGCCCGCUGCAAACCAGCAACGAUCAAAGUGUGGACCUCAAAGUUGUCGAUGCCCUUAGCACCCAGAUGAAGUAUUCUGUUAAAACCAUUCUCAGGUUGUUUGCCUCAAAUCCAGCCGCCGUAAACGUACUUAAAGAUCUGAGAAACGAACGAUCGGUGGAAGGAAAUACAAUGAUCGACGAAAUGACCACGUUGAGGGCGAUCCUAUUUGAGCGAUUAUUGACAACACCAAGCGAAGAGAAAGAGAGGAAACAGUAUUUGAAACAGGUUGUCGCCAGAGAAAUGAAAUCCAGUGAGACAGGCAGAAAACUUCAGGAUGAACUGAAAAGAGCCAUUGAUGAUAAAGAAAACGAGGUAUACUGGACAUGACUUCUGUAACAAUUCUUAACUAUUUUAAAUCAUGGUAUUCGAACCCUAUAUACUUUCUCCCCGCUCAGUUCUACAAACAGGAGAGAUCACACACCAAUCACUGAACUUAAUAUUUAUUCUUUUAGAUUUCCAAGAGAAAUGACAUCAUUCGUAGACUGAAAAAUGACAUCUACAAUGUAGAGAAAAAUGCGGAAGAGCAAAAUCGUAGGGUCAUUACCGAGGCAGCCAAGCAAGAUGCAUCAGAAAUGAAGAAUUCUGACAGCAAGAAAAGCAAACUGCAACAAGAAAGCAUAGAGUUAAAAAAGAAACUUGAAAGCGACACACUCACUCAUAGAGAGAGUGAGCUGGCUUUGAGAAAGGUAAGCGUUAGUGGUUAAUUACUACAAGAGCUCAUCCCAGUUUUGAUUGUAUGAAGAAAUUUACAGUAUGGCUCCCUUCUGAUGCCCUGGAUGUGAUGCCAAUCCAUUGCAGGAACUCCCUCAGUCAACACCAUAUUAGUCCUAUGGUAUAAAUAUUCUCCACACUGUUUGUUAAUGUACAUCUCCCAUGGUAAAGAUAAGGACAAUUUGGUCAAAAUUCAAGAGGUUCUUCAGUUAGUGAUCAUUUCCAAAAAUCUCAUGACCUUUAUGGUUGAUAUAGUGGUGAUACUGAAAAAAGAAAUUAGAUGUCAGGCACUCUUAGGGUUUCAAGAGUUAAUAUUUUAUAAUAGAGGUCUAAACAUCCAUUCUAAACCAACCAAAAUUGUAAGCACCAUUAACCCUCCCUCUCUAAUAGGCAUAUCCUUACCCUUACCCCCCACCCCUCAAAAAAAACAAACAAACUCCGCAAAUAGCAUUAGUAUAGUCAUUCAUUAAGGAUAGGUUAUGUUUCAUCUUAAAAUAGCUUUGCGACUUAUAUUACUAGAUCUAGGACUAUACUAUUAGGUCUAGGACUUGGUUUUCAACCAAAGAAAUGCUUACUGUAACAUGUUUCAUAAAAUCAGAACAACAGUUCAGCGUGGUGGGGGGGGGAGUUUCAAAGUUUUGACUUGAGUUUUGAUUCUUGCUUCUUCUAAUUCCCAGAAAUUGAUAGGCCCUCCCACCUCCGAAGAGGCUUAUUAUAACAUUUACAAUAAGUUUACCUAAAGAAAUGUUCUAUCUACAGCGAAAGUACAAGAUUGAAACUGAAGUUGAGAAUUGGAUACAGAAGUAUGAUACAGAUAUGGGAGAAAGACAAGUAAGACUUAUAUAUAUAUAUUUUUUUUUCACUCAAGAGAAUAACAAAGAGAAAAGUCACAGGCUAGGCAGCUUUGUAUGAACUUUCCAUGCGAGAUUUUUAGAGAGUUUGAUACAGUCGAGGCAGCUGAUGAUUAAUUAAGGUCGAUAGAAUGUUGUAGCAAAUUUUUAGAGCCGAUUACGACGUAACAAGCGUCAGCCCUCCGUUGAAGCACAGAGAACAGCUAUGGCACUUAAUUGAGAAACUAUUUUUUAAUCUUUCCGCUAAAUUUUUGCACUCUGCAGGAUGAAUUUGAUGCCCUAGACACGAUCUACACGGAGGAGAAAAGGCAGCUAAAUGAACUCGAGGAGCGUUUCAAGACCCUGGAGAAAGAGUACUUGGAAAUCGUGGAAGCGAGAAGAAUUGCAAAAGAGAAGGCCGAAGCUGCUGAAAGAGAGCUGAAUUUGAAAAUACGAGCGGCGAGAUUAAUACAGUCUCUAUGGCGAGCGCAUAGAGCCAGAAAACAGCUCAACAAAAAGAAAAAGGGAAAGAAAGGCAAAAAAGGAAAGAAAAGCGGAGGAAAAAAGAAAAAAAGAUAAACUUCUCCAUGAGGUUGAACAAAACAAAAGCCAUCUUAUAAAAGAAAAGCCUACAGAACGCUGAACUAAAGUUAGCCGAGUAGAUUUCUCCUAUUAUCCAACUGCUCUUCUUUCUGUUGAGUCUUUCUGCCCGUUUCUCGUGAGGCGGGAAAAGCAAAACGGAUACAGAGGCGUAGCGCGCGCAGCCGACUGGUUAAACAUGUUUUUUUUUACAGUCCAAAAUAAUCAAUUGUUCAAUAUCGCAGGAUUUUUGUGCUCUAUUCGUGCGUUAUUUGUACUUUACUUUGUGCAGUUGGAUAAUAACUAUGACUACUCGCUCCUCCGAUCCAAAACUAUGAAUUUUUAUUGGCAGCCUUGUACGUCUUUUACAUGGAACGUGAGCUCUAUAGAGAGCCGCUGCUCUGGAAAUGAGCCUACUCCUCUCUUGAAGAGUCGUCCCGGGGAAGAAAGAAGACAACUGUAGAGAGCGGCGAGAUCCUAGCCUGCAUAUAAUGUCGGGAACUUGCUUAACUCUAGUAAAAUUGGUUUUCUUAUGACAAAUACGAACUUGCGAAAGUUUAUUGCUCGUUAAUUUUAAAGAGGGGGCAUGGAGGUUCAUUAAAAACCUUAAAAGCGUAGUAAAAAUCAUCCAAAACCACAAAAAAAAUCGAUCAAAACCGAAAACCGCAUUCAAACCGUCGUAACCGAUUAACUUUCACGACCCAGUUAUCAAAAUCCUAAUCGAUCCGAUACAGUCAGUGACAAGUGGAGCAUCUUGACGGAGGUUUCGCGGCUAUUCGAGAUCAGUGGAAGCGCAUAAUUGCCGCUCAGAUCGUGGUGAAACCGGAACCCAAAUAGGAAAAAAAACCCUUUUAAAAAGCUAAAAUCUCGAAACCGAAAACCCCAAUGCCCCCCCCCCCUCUAUAAAAGUCACCGUAAAAUUUGUGCAAAUAUUGUAAAUAUGUAAUUAAGGAUGAACAUUUACGGCGAAAAACUGAUUUUUUUGUUCAGAAGAAACUUUUGUACAAGUUAGUUGUGUUACACUUUUAAUGGGAAUUCUUGUCAGUGAUGUAACUUAAAUUAUUAUCCACCUAACCCAUGUUACUUGCGCUAUACAACGCUGGGGAACAAAAACUGUGGUCCACCUUUAGAAUGUUUUUCAUUGGUCCGAGACAGUGUGGGAGUAAAUAAAGAAAGUGUCAUAUAACAG